AUGUUGGCGGCACUCGGCGCGCGCCACGACCUGGGCGACGACCUGCCGCGCGGAACAGCCUUGGCAGUGAAGACCUCGCAGCGCCUGCAAGGCCUCGACACCGCCGCCUUCUCCAACGUCACGUCUAUCACGAUUUCCGCGCCCGUGGCCGUGGUGCGCCCGCUCGAGCAGGGCAUCCCGCUGGACCGCAUGCAGCGGUGCGGGUGGCGCCCCGCGGCCCUCCGGGCCCUCACCCUCGAGCGCGUCAUGGUGUGGGCACACGCAGAGACGCUCCUGGAGCAGCUCUCGGUGAUCACGAACCUCCACACGCUCGCGAUCGUCAUGACGGUGCUCAUCACCGGCAACCCGUUGAACCUGAGUCAGGAGCUCGUGACCGGGCCAGAGGGGGGGGGGGCGCACAACCUCUCUGGCGCCUGGGGACGUGGCGGCGUCGAGCGCGCCCUGCUGCGGGCCAACGCGGCAGGGCUGCGGCGCCUUGUCAUCAACUCGGUCAUGCAGGAUUCGGCGUCGAGCGAGAGGGCCAGGGACAUCAUGCAGUGCAUCGCUUCGAUGCCGCGCCUGGAGUCGCUGUCGCUGGGCGCGCGCUGCUCGCGGAUGUUCGCCGCGCUCCCCACGACGAUGCCGCGCCUCACGGAGCUGCACCUGGACACGCCGCCGCGGUCGCGCGACGGAACGUCGCACGUGAAGCUCGCUCUCGCUUGCGUCAAGGCGGCACGGGAGACCCUCCGGCGGCUCGCCCUGACGAACGUGUGCGACUGGCCUGCGGAGGACGACUUCAAGGACGCCCUCGAGGUGUGCAGGGAGCUCGAAGCCCUGCGCCUGGUCGCGAACCCGGCGCCCGCAGUCAGGGCGCGGGUGGCGAGUCACGCAGUGACAGCAUGCUCAAGGGCGAAAAGUCUGCGGCGCCUGGUCCUACACAACAUCCUCGAGACCGACAAGGACGUGCUGCUGCUGGGGUCCCUGGGGAAGUUGGAGCAUCUCACCAUCCUCGACGCACACAGGGACCGCGCGCUCGAACAGAGCGCCCUGAAGCAUCUGCCCAGCUUUCCGCACCUCCAGGGGCUCAUGAUCAGCUGGGUCAACGGGCCAACGCCCCGCAUGGGGUGCCCGUGCGCGCACGACUUCGCUAUGGGCGCGGCCUCGGGCGACGUCGACGCCGCACCUCCCCGCGUCGAGCUGCCGUCCGACCUCGUGGCGAAGGUUCCGGCUCUGCGCGAGCUCAUCGUUCCGCACGCGCACCUCACGGUGGCAACGGCGGCGCAGCUGCGCACCUUGCCCCACCUGCGCACCCUCUCCGUCGCGGGCACGACGGACGGAACUUGCGAGGAGACGUGGCAGCUGGUGGCGCGAUGCCCGAGGCUGCGCACCCUGCGUCUCUCGCUGCCGCCCGGACUCGGCGGACCCAGCAUGCCAACAGAUCCCCCUCCUGCUGACGCCGGGGGGGACUCUCUGCGUGCGGCUGCCGCCGCGAAAGCGCUCGGGUCCGCUCCGUCGCUGCGUCGCCUGGAGGUGGUCGUGCCGUGGCUGUACACGGAGUUGGCGGAGGAGUUGGGUCGCCUGCCGAAGCUGACACACUUAGCGCUGCUGUGCGUGGACUUGCUCGGCGCGCGCGGUGGGCCGGGGACGCCUCGGCUCGCGGCGUCGGAGGAGGCGCUGGGCAGGUGCUUGGACGCGCUCGCCGGGAUCGACAGCCUGGAGCUGACCCUGCGCGUGAGGCAAUUUGCCAAGCCAACCAACCCCCCAUGGGCGCUGGAGUCCGAGCUCACGAACGACUCGUACUUCGGGCCGCGCGACCAUGCGGCGACCGCGCCCAGCGCUGAAGAGAUGAUCUGUCCAGAGAUGAUGCAGGUCGUCCGCGAGGCCUUCCGCACUCAGCGCGAGGCCGGGCGCCAGUGGGCGGUCGGCACCCUGGCGUGGAGCGCGAAGAGCGUGUAG